AUGCCUAAAGCUUUGCCUCCCUCUGAUGUCCAGAAUGCUGUUGAUAAGCUCCAUAAAGGCCUUCACUUCUCAGAAAUUCACUCCCAAACUGGUGUCAGUACUGGAAUGAUUAGCAGGAUAAGGACAAUGCACUGUCCUGAGCUCCCCAAGCAACCUGGUGGCUGCCCUUCUAAGCUCUCACCAACCAAUAUUCACCAUGCCACCCACUUGUUGACUGGCCCUGCCCCCACAACCCCAUGCUUAGUUGUUCAAGAGCUCUCUGGCACAAAUGGGGUCCCUGUCUCAAGCCUUAUUGUGCAUUGGGCAGUGUGGAAAGCUGAUGUGGUGCCUUUUGUCAAGCCCAAAAAGCCAGCUAUGACAAAGGAACAUAUCAAGGCAUGCUAUGAAUUUGCUAUGGCACACCAGCACUGGACAAUUGAUGACUGGAAGAGGUUCCAAUGGGUAGGCCAGGCAUCUCAGCCCCACCAGAUCAUCAAAACCCAUAAGCAUGGAGGAGGCCAUAUCAUCAAUGGGCAUGCAUGGGAUGGGUCUCUCACCAAGGAACUCUAUGUGGAGAUCCUGGAAGAUGAACUCAAGCAAACUCUGGAGUACUAUGGGUUAGACAUGGAGAAGGUCAUAUUUAUGCAAGACAAUGCAAGCUCCCACAAGGCCCAUAUUUUACAAGACUGGUUCCAAGGGAAUGGCUUAGAGGUCUUUGAGUGGCCUGCUAACUCCCCAGACCUCAAUCCAAUUGAAAGCCUUUGGGAUCAAAUCAAGAGGGAACUUUAUAGCUAUGAAACCCCUGCAAGUGGGAUGUUGGAAUUAUGGGAGAGGCCAGAACCCCUCAUUCUGCCAGCCUCCCCUGUCAAACUUGGCAAAGUCUCCCUUGAAUGGGUUAUCAGACUCCUCUGGGGACUCCAAGGACAAGUUGACUGCCUUGAGCAGGCCAUCUUGGAACAAGCUGAAAUUAGCCAAGAGGUUUGCACCAACAUCAAGAACAUCUUGCAAGCUGUUGAUACUGUCAAGGAUGGGCUUGCCCAAAUCACCCAGGGUUCCCAUACCCCUGAAGAACAAAAACCCCCCAUGGUUGAGGAAACUCCCUGGGCUGCACCCAAAGCCAAGCUUCUUGGCAAGGCUAGCAUCUCCCUUGGGGGCCCAGCCCCUAUUUUCUCCACAGGGGCCUCCUGGUGCAACCACCUCACCUUAUUCAACCCAUAUCCCUCCUCCUCCUUCCCUUUGGGACCAGCUCCAGCAGCCCCCCAAGGACCUCCACCAGCACCUAUUGUCACCCCAGUGCCACCUCCAGCCCCCUCUACUGUAAAGGUAGAUCACCCUGAUGCCUUCAAAGGCAAAAUUGGCUUAGAGGCCAAACAAUGGCUAACAUGCAUGUUGGCCUGGGUACACCACAGUCAAAGGCAAUACCCAAUGGACCUGGAGGUCCUAAGUUUUCUCCUGAUGAACAUGACAGAGGCUGGGCCCAUGUGGGCCCAUCCCCACCUGGACCAACUAGGGUCCCAUCAAGCACUCAUCCAAACUGUAGAUGAGUUCAAAACCAAGUUCCUGGCCGCCUUUGGCAACCCUGACACAACCAGAGCAGCAGAGCAGAAGAUCACUUCCCUCACCCAAACUGGCACAUGUGCCAAAUAUAUCACCAAGUUCUGCAUGCUGCAAAUGGAGCUCAAUUGGAACAGUGCCACACUCCACAGUCAAUUUGCUUGUGGACUUCACUGGGAGGUCCAAAAACAAAUUGACACAAGGGAGAGGCAACCAUGUACCCUGAGGGAGCUGCAAGAUGCUGCCCUCAUCAUUGACAAUGCCCUCUGCAAGGAGUGUGCCAGCCACCUGCAACAGGGUAAUAAGUCUGGCAAGCCUUCUUCUACCCCCACACAGGGGGCAAGUACUGGCCAACAGGCCACCAAAACCAGUCCCCUCUCCUCCAAUCCCAACUAUGUGUUGGAGGAAGAAUGUAACUGCUGCUGUGCAGAAGGUCUUUUUGUCAAAUGUGGCAAGGCAGGUCACAAGUUUGCUGAAUGCAGGACCAGAUGGAGAGCUACCCCUAAGGAGGAUAAGGGGAAAGCUAAGGAAACUGCCAAGAUUGGCAAAGACUUGGAGUACCAAUUGGGAAAAGAUUAA